AUGGCCAAAGCUGGGUCCUUCAUGAGGAUGCUCAAGAACUCGGAUGAGGUGCGCUCCCGAGUUUUUGUCAAAGGUGUUGAGAGUUUUUCGAGGAAGAAGCAGUCGUAUCAGCAUCCUCAUGGAAUUAUCGGAGCUGGUCACAACGGCCUGCGCCAGGCGCUUGUCUUUGCCGAGCACAAAGACACCAACUUCGUUCUUUUCGAUCGUCACAACAGGAUUGGUGGCACUUCCUGGCUCGACCACGCGAACAAAUUCUCCAAGGACUCAGCUACUGUAGCAAUGCAGUCACACAGCAGUGUCAGAAACGAUCCACAGAAGGCUCAAGUGGUUUGUCCAGAAUAA